ACACAAAGGUGUAUACAGCAAUAUAUUACAUGAGUUUUUUUUGUUGUUUUUUUUUUAUUUCCAGAGUGACACGCACAGCUGUGCAGCUAUGAUUUGCAGAGUGGGGUCUGUGCGGGGGCAGCAGAGCAGAGGAGAGAGGAGGAGAGGAGAAGAGGAGAGGAGGGGGUGUUAGGAGAAAUAACCAACAAGGAAACCACUUUCAGCUUUGCUGCUGCACCGCCUGCCUGGCCUGCAGCCAGGUUUCUCCAGAGAGGGUUGGCUCACCCCUUCUCCUCUCCUCCCUUCUUUCUCUCCCAAACCCACAUAGCUACGCACUCUCUCCAACUCACAGAAAGCAACAGGCGAGAAGAAGGAAGAGCGACAAAAGCGAGAGGAACUUUUUUUUUUUGAAACAACAGCAACGAGGGCAGCAAGAAACUUUCCAAAGAUGCCAAACGUUUCGGUUUUGCAGAUGGAUCACUUGGGUACUACGCGAGGGAAGUGAUUUUUUUUUUUUUCCUCAAGGAGAAAACAGGAGGGAGGACGCGCUAUUUUUUCUCCACCGUAUGAGACGUCAAAAAUCUGCCUCGGUUAACAAAGCAGGCGCGUUUGAGCUGGAGCUGAACGCCUCAGCUUCUGGUUUAAUGUCCCCGGGUGUCUGUGGAGGGCAGUGAAGGAUGCCAGGAUGCCCUCUCUGAUCUCCCAUCUGCUUGUCAUCUGGCUGAGCGUCCACAGGCUGGUGUGGUGCACGGAGCGCUCCUCCACACGGGAGCGCUUCAAGGUGGUCAUCGCUCCUCUCAUCUGCAAGCGGAUCUGCCUGAAGGGCCAGUGUCAGGAUACCUGCGAGCAGGGCAACAACACCACGCUGAUAGCGGAGAACGGACAGGGGGCCGACACGCUCAUAGGACAGGGCUUCAGGGUCGUUGUGUGUCCCCUGACGUGUAUGAAUGGAGGAGUAUGCAGCUCAAGGAAGCACUGCCUGUGCCCACCCGGCUUCACUGGUCGCCUCUGCCAGUUUCCACUCCAGCAAACGCAGCAAGCUCAGGCAGCGCGAGGCAACAAGCAGCCCGUCUACCCCGUAUCUUUGAAGCCAGACGGCCUGAAACUAACGGAACAGUCAGGGCAUACCCAGCUGACGCAAACGCACUCAGUUUUCACCCUACCUUUGACACAAGUAGGGCACCACUCAUCAGAAGUGCAGAUUAAUGUACGUGUUCACCACACGCCAGACACCUCUGUCGUCAUUCAACCUAUCGACCAAUCAGAUGUCAAGCCUCCUCACAAGACGGGGACGCGCCCGACCCCCGCGAGACACAAACCGAAGGGGCGCUGCUUCCAGGAGACCACACCCAAACAAGCUUGCAACAGCACCCCGCUUCCUGUUCUGACCAAUCAGGAGGAUUGCUGUGGAAGUGUGGGGAAUUCGUGGGGGCAAAACAAAUGUUAUCAGUGCCCCAAACUGCCAAAUGCAUCAGUCAAGCAGACCAUUGUGGAGGACUAUGGCUCCACCUGUCCACAGGGCUAUAAAAGAUUCAACAGCACUCACUGUCAAGAUAUCAAUGAGUGCUCCAUGCAGGGUGUCUGUCAGAACGGAGACUGUCUGAACACACUGGGCAGCUUCAAAUGUUCAUGCAAGCCCGGUUUGGUGCUGGAAAGGAAUCGAUGUGUCGAGUCUCCAGCUGAGCAGGCUCAGUGCUUCCUGAUGGUGUCUGAGGCCAGGGGCUGUGAGCACGCGCUGCCCACCCCCCUCACUCAGGAGGUGUGCUGCUGCACGGUGGGCAAAGCCUGGGGCCGUAACUGUGAAAAAUGUCCUCAGGUGGGCACAGCUGCCUUCAGUAAGAUCUGUCCUGCUGGGAAAGGCUACAUUCUCCAAAAUAUAAGAGAGACUUUGUCCUUCCCUUCAUAUGUCUUCCCCCGCAAGCUUGACAAAGACGAAAUAAAGUGGCCGGAGAGGCCACCAGAGACAACAACCGCUGCGCAGCAGUCUCCCACCAGCACCCACAGUCCUCGUGUGCCUGUUGUUAAACCCACCCCUCCACCAAUCAUCAGAAUGACCGACAAUGCCCGCCUCGAAACACAGACAAAAGUGCUGCCAGAGACAGAUGAAUGUAGGCUAAACAGGAACAUUUGUGGUCACGGAGAGUGUGUGAACAGCCUGAACGGUCACAUCUGUCACUGUCACCCUGGCUACCAUCUCAACCCGCAGAAGAACAUCUGUGAGGACGAUAAUGAGUGUGAGUCAGAACCUUGCGGCCAUGGCAGAGGCUAUUGCGUUAACGUAGAAGGAAGCUACAAAUGCCAUUGUCGCUCAGGUUAUAAACACAUGGUGCAGCAUGGUAGACUCAAGUGUGUAGACUUCAAUGAGUGUGCUAAGCAAGACAUCUGUGGUUCUGGAGGCCAGUGUGUGAACUUGCCCGGUUCCUAUAAAUGUGAAUGUCACAGCGGCUUUAGGAGCAAGUCACACCGUCAUCCAGCCUGUGAAGACAUAAACGAGUGUUUGAAUCCCGACACUUGCCCCAAUGAGCAGUGUGAGAACCUACCAGGCUCCUAUGAGUGCGUUCCUUGCUUGCCUGGUCACGAGGCCCGUGCUGGCAUCUGCUAUGACAUUAAUGAGUGUCAGAAGCCCGGCAUCUGUCCUAAUGGGCGCUGUGAGAACCUCCCUGGUACUUACCGCUGCCUGUGCAAUGAGGGCUUCCUCCCAUCUGCAGACAGCAAAGGCUGCAGUGACAUUGAUGAGUGUGAAGAUGUCAGGCUCUGUGCCUACGGCCACUGCAUCAAUACAGAAGGCUCCUUCAAGUGUCAGUGCUACCCGGGAUACCAGCGCACUCAGGAAGGCAGCCACUGUGAAGAUAUCAAUGAGUGUGAGAGACCAUUAAACUGUCAAAGGGGCCGCUGUAUUAACAAUAUGGGCUCAUACCACUGUGAGUGCCCGAAGGGCUACACACUGGUCGGAGGCAGGAGAUGCCAAGACAUAGACGAAUGUGCCGCAGACAGAAGUCUCUGCCAGCCCUACGGCUCUUGUGAGAACAGACCGGGCUCAUAUGUGUGUGUCUGCAAUCACGGUUAUGUCCUCUCAGAGGACAAACACAGCUGUGAGGCAGUUCGAGUGCUGACAGAUGAGAAGAAGGAGUGCUACCUGAACCUGGAUGACACUGUGUUCUGCGACAGUGUCCUGGCCACAAACGUCACCAAGCAGGAGUGCUGCUGCUCCAUUGGAGUUGGUUGGGGAGAUCACUGUGAGAUCUACCCCUGUCCUGUCUCCCAAUCAGCCGAGUUCCACUUCCUGUGUCCAAGCGGGCAAGGUCUCUACUAUGAAGAAGGACUCAUUUAUAGCCUGCCUGCCUACCACGAUAUUGACGAGUGUUCUUUGUUUGCUGAUGAAAUCUGUAAGAAGGGUCGCUGUGAGAACACGCUGCCGGGCUACGAGUGCUAUUGUCAACAGGGCUUCUACUAUGAUAGCAACCUUCUCGAGUGCAUUGAUGUGAACGAAUGCCACGACGAGUCUCUGUGCACUAAUGGUCAGUGCGUCAACACAGAAGGGUCCUUCUACUGCAACUGUAACCGUCCCUGGACUUCAGACUCCAACAAGAAGAAGUGUGUGAUAGCAACAGUAGCAGAUGUGAAUGAGUGUGAGGACCCAGCCAACUGUAAGAAUGGCCACUGUGUGGACACUCCGGGGUCUUACUACUGCAUCUGCUCCCCACCCUGGACCCUAGCUAUCGACCGUAACAGUUGUGUGACUCCUGAGGAGCAGGCUGAUGUGAAUGAGUGCCAGGAUCCCUCGUACUGUAAGAAUGGGAGGUGUGAGAACACGCCCGGCUCCUUUCACUGUUUUUGCGACCAUCCCCUCACCUUCAGUGCAGCGCUAAAACAGUGCGUCUAUGACGAUCGCACUGCAGCCCACAAGGAUGUGUGCUUCCUGCAGGUUGACGAGGGCUUGAUCUGCAGCGAGCCCAGGAACGGUAUGGUGGUGACCUACUCAGAGUGCUGCUGUCACUACGGUCGAGGCUGGGGACCCGAGUGUAACACCUGUCCACCGAGAAACUCGGAGAUGUUCACUCGUCUGUGCGAAAUGCACCUGGAGACUGAGUCCGAUGGGGAGCAGGAUUUCCUGCCAGCUUUUGCUAACUAUAACCCGGGUGACAGUUCAGAGGAGGAUUCAGAUGAAUGCAGCUGUGCGAAUGGCCGCUGUGUCCGCUCCUACCUGGGCACCAUGUGUGAAUGUAACCCAGGCUUUAGACUGGACCACUCACCCACCCGCUGUAUAGACAUUGAUGAGUGUGCAGAGCCGGGACAUCGUAAUAGUCCAUGCAAGAACGCUCGCUGUGUGAACACCGCCGGCUCGUUCAAGUGCUACUGCAAACACGGCUUUGUGGCCACACGCAGGCCAAACAUGUGUGUCCGUCGCAGAACUCGGUAACCUCCGUGUGUCACUCUGUUUAUCUGUAUCUGUGCAGCACACACAAGCACCAUGCACAUGCUGCACAUGAAAUGUCAGUCUCAUAAUUAAAAUGUGGGACUGUGUGUACACAGUGAACCUAAAAAAAAACAUGCUCUCAUAUGAAAUGUACAAAACAUAUCAUUGUCAGCUCCUCUUUCACUCCCCAUUUCACAUAAAAAAAAUCUAUACAGACAAGGAAUAUGUUUUUGUUUGUUUGUUUGUUAAACAUUUUUGUAAUUAUUCUUUUUUUAAACUGUUUUUUGUUAAGUUUAUAAUGUGCAUUUUUUUCAUUGAUCUCCCUGUUGCAUUGAUCUUCCAAUCUUAAUUUGAAUCUCUGAUCUCAAGAUGCCUUGUUUUAAUGACGUAACAUGUUUCGAAGAGCACAACACAAGUAUAAAGAUCUGUCUGGUAUUCUUGUUGUCUACUUCAGCCUAUUCAAUAUUUGUAUCUUACAGGGAUGCCAUAAGAACUUAGAAAUGUUACGGUGUUCCCCUUCACAUUCCCGUGUAAGUCCACAUUUUUAAUUCUAAAUUGACAUCCUCUGAAUUGUGUUUUCUAACCACACAUUGUUGAUUUUGUGUUAUUGUACAGUUUGUGGAUGAACAGUUUCUUGUAAGACUGGUCCCUGUCCUACCCCUGUUUAUUUGUUGAUGUAAAAUAUGAGAAACCUGAAGUUUGUGUAUAAUUUGACAUGUGCACCUAAGUGGACUUUAAGCUAGAAAUAAAGGUCAUGCACUUAGCAAUGAAUAUAGUGGGAGUAUUUGCUAAAUGUAGCUUAUUUUGGGAGAAAAACAAGAAAGUUUGACAUCUGUUGUCAUAAGUGUUGCAACAAAGCAUUUAGAAAACCAAAGACGCUGUUGAAACGAGAAGAAUUGAAUUAAAAGAAAGAUGUCAACCAGUCA